AUGGAUUCAUCAUCAUCAUCAUCAUCAUUAUCAUCUAUGUUGUUACCAUCCAUCCUAAAACAACUUAUCACCAUCCUCUUCAUCUUCUCUGCAAUUCUGUCAUCAAUAUCUCACUGCAGCAGCAGCAGCGAAGAAGAAGAAGAACUCUAUGUGGUGUGCGGUCGUCCCUACGAUUGUGGUAACCUCAAAAACAUUUCCUACCCUUUCUGGGGAACUGAUUUCAGACCCCGAUACUGCGGUCGGCAAGGCUUCCAGAUUGAGUGCGGAAACAACGAAUCGUUUAUUGAAAUCAAUCGUCAAAAGUUUCGUGUUCUGGGCAUCAACCAAACAGGUAAUAUAAUGAAAAUUGCGAGAUCGGAUCUCUAUGAUACUCUCUGCAUCCAAAAUGAUGUUGUUCCCAUCACCUUGAACUACACUCACUUCGAUUAUGCUCCAAACGUUGGAAACCUGACAUUAAUCUAUGGCUGCCAAAAACCACUUUCUUCACUGCAUAACUUAACUUGCUACUUAGGCAAUGGGGCCAAUCAAACCAUUUACUAUAAAGCAGAUGACCCAUUUAGUAAUAUCGAAAUUCCAUUUGAAGCUCCUAGGUCAUGUAAACCUAUCAAAGUCCCGGUUUUACGGAGUUCUAUUGAUAUGAACAGCCCUAAGGUUGGAAGAGAAGAAUUAGAGAAAGCUGUGGAAGAAGGUUUUGAUGUAGAUUACAAUUACCAAGUAGCUAUUCUGUGUAAAGAAUGUGAAGGGUCAGGUGGGAGAUGCGGAUCUAAUGUCAGCACUGAUGAAUUCCUCUGCUAUUGCCAUAAAAGCAAACCCUAUACCGUAAUGUGUCGCCCUGGAGAGUCCAAAUAA